AUGCACCCACGCAGACAUCAACGGAGACUGUCGGGAGCAGGAGAGAGUUUGUACAAAGUCCUGGGCCUGGAGAAAGGAGCAAGUCCAGAGGAAAUAAAAGAGGCGUACAGGAAAUUGGCGUUAAAGUAUCAUCCUGAUAAGAACCCAGACAACCCAGAGGCAGCUGAGAAAUUCAAGGAGAUCAACAACGCCCACUCCAUUCUCAGCAAUGAGAACAUACGGAUGAUCUAUGACAAGUAUGGAUCCACGGGCCUCAGAUUGACCUUUCGGUAUAGAGGAAAUCCUCCAUACCGAAUCCCAAAUCCCAAAUCCUGGUGCUGUUGCAAGGCACUUAAGUGGUGCUGCUAUCUUCUCAGCUGCUGCUGCUUCUGUUUCUACUGCUGUUUCUACUGCUGCUGUUUCUGCUGCUGCUGUUUCUGCUGUGGGAAGUUAAUAUCGCCCGCAGACGAGGAAGAUCUCACAGACGAAAACUCUGAGGACCUUGAGACAGAGAUCAGAGAACAGGAUGCAGGCAGGAACCCAGUGGCUCAUCCUCAUGCGACUGGCGGCACCUCGAGGGUCACGCAGCUGGUAGAGUCAGCUGAGGAAGAAACAAAUGAUGAAUGA